AAAAAAAAGUCAACCAUGAUCGCAGUACUCUUGUCCUUAGUGGUACUGUUUUUCAGUAUAUGGUUGUUGAUCCGAUGGCGGAAAGUAAAAAGUUAUUGGUUAGAAAGGGGAGUGCCUCAUUACCCUCCACAUCCAAUUUUGGGAAGCCUCACCUUUUUACAGAGGGAAAAUCCUUCAAUAUGGAUGCGAAGAGUAUACAACGACUUCAAGGCUCCUUACGUCGGCAUGUGGCAGUUCUGGCGCCCGGCUCUGGUAGUCAACAGUCCGGAGAUUGCUCGCCGGAUCCUUGUGAAGGACGCUGAUGUGUUCAGGAACAGAUUCCUCAGUUCUGGCAAAAGUGAUCCUAUUGGAGCUUUGAAUGUGUUUACUGUUAAUGACCCUCUCUGGUCUAAGCUGAGAAGACGUCUGACGUUGGUGUUCACUGCUGCAAAACUGAGGAGUCUAAAUGGUAUCACCAUCGCCAAAACCAAGGAUUUAGUCACACGCCUGGAAAUAGAAUCCAACAAACCUGAACUUAUUGACCUUAGAAAAAUCUGCACCGACUUCACAACUGACGUUAUCGGAGAAUCAGCAUUUGGCAUCACCAGUAACUCCUUGGCUGACGGCGACAGCAUCAUGAGAAGAGUCACCAGGGAGUUCCAAGCCUUCAACUUGCAUCGAGGACUGUCCUGGUCCAGCAUCUUCUUUUUCCCCGAACUGGUCGACAUUUUUAGAUUCAGUUUCUUCCCCAAAGACACGAUGAAGCUGCUCCGCAAAAUUUUUCGCACAGUUGUGGAACAGAGAGGAGGGUAUGAUAAGGAUAUCAAGGAUGCCCGAGACUUGCUCGAUGCUCUGCUGAAGAUCAAGAAGGAAGCUGAUAUGGAAAAUGAAGAAAUGACCGAAGACAUUCUACUAGCUCAAGCUGCAGUAUUCUUACUGGGUGGCUUCGACACUUCUGGUGCAGCACUGACCUGGACUAUGUAUGAGCUAGCUUGGAACCCUCAAUAUCAGGAACGACUUUACGAAGACAUUUUGAACUUGAAAAGGAAGAUCGGUAACCGUGGCUUUGACUCCACCGUGCUCACUGAGAUCGGGUAUCUGGACUGUGUAAUCAAAGAGACCCUAAGAAUCUACCCCCCAAUGGGCUGGUUGGACCGCAUCGCCACCAAGGAUUACAAGAUUGACGAUAAGCUGACUAUCCCAGCUGGAACUGCUGUCUACGUGAAUGGUGUCAGCAUGCAGAUGGAUCCUGAGUACUUCCCGAACCCUGAGGUCUUCAACCCAGACCGAUUCUUACCGGAGAAUGAACGGACAAUCACUCCUUAUACCUUCAUGCCGUUUGGAGAAGGACCCAGGAAUUGCAUAGGUAUGCGCUUCGCCUUCCAGACUCUACGUCAAGCUUUAGCGGAGGUUUUAUUAAAGUACGAAAUCAAGGUCAUCCCUGAUACUCCGAAGCCCAGUGAAAUUGAGAUUGAGAAGAACGGUAUGUUCUACAUGCCCAGCGGAAAGAUGAGCGUACAUUUUGUGAAGAGAGACAAUGAAUUCGUUUCCUAGUUUACCAUUAUAAACUAAAUUCUAUUUAUUUAUACUUAAG